UGAAUCACGAAGCUCUUAAGAUCAGAAGAUAUUUGUGGGUGAAAAUGUAAUUUGACAUAAACUUUGUUCACUAGUGUUCAUUUUCGGAAAUUUCGUUCUAUACAAAUUUACAUAUUUUAUCAUGAAGUGUGAAAAAAAAUCCGUUCAAAAUGAACCUUUUAACGCCAUAUUGGAGUCUGGAUAUCCUUAUCGUUUCCUCUUCCUUGAUGAUAGCCGUUUACUUGUACGCGUCUUGGAAAUUGAAAUAUUGGUCGAGGAGAGGCAUUAUGCAGAUUACUCCUUCGCCCUUGUUUGGCAACUUUAAAAAGUGCAUAUUGUUUCAAAAAUCAGUUUCAGAAAUAAUAAGGGAGUUGUACGGACAAAACGAAGGAUUGCCUUUCAUGGGCUUUUAUAUUUUCUACAAACCGUUCUUUUUAGUUCGUGAUAUUGAACUCGUGAAACAUAUUUUGGUGAAAGAUUUUAAUACAUUUGCGAAUAAACACACGUCAGCGGAUAGUAAAAAUGAUCGUAUCGGAUAUUCAAAUCUGUUCAUAAUAAAGAAUCCCGCAUGGAAAUAUCUCAGAGGGAAACUUACGUCGGUCUUUACUUCGGGCAAGCUAAAAAAAAUGUUCGAUUUGAUGUUGAUAAUCGGUAAAAAUCUGGAGAAGCAUUUGGAAUUAUUGAAUUUGGAUGGGAAUGGAAAAGAGGUAGAAUUGAAGGAUCUUUGUGCGAACUUCACCACUGAUUUGAUCGGUACCACCGCGUUUGGAGUGAAUUUGAAUUCGUUGAAGGAUCCGAAUAGCGAUUUCCGUGAAAAUGGCAGAUUGGUCUUCGAUUACAAUCUUAAGCGUGCCUUCGAAUUCUUUUCAAUAUUCUUUUUCCCCAAUUUGAACAAAUAUUUCUCUGUAAAAUUUUUCGGAAAAGCGACCGACUAUUUCCGAAAUAGUUUUUGGAGUGUGAUCAACCAACGAAUCGAAUCGAAUGUAAAAAGAAACGAUCUUAUCGAUUGUCUGAUCGAAUUGAGAGAGAAACACAAGAACGACGAAAGUUUCGAAGGUUUCAGAUUCGACGGCGACGAUUUAGUAUCUCAAGCGGCUAUCUUCUUCACCGGUGGAUUCGAAACAUCCUCCACUACCAUAUCUUUUACAUUGUACGAAUUGGCAUUGAACAAAGAUAUACAAAAAACUGUGAGAACUGAGAUUCACGAGGCUCUAGCGCAAACCGAUGGAAAAAUCACGUACGAUAUGAUAACGAAUCUACCGUAUUUAGAUAUGGUAGUAUCGGAAACUCUUCGCAAAUAUCCACCUCUAGGAUUCUUGGAUCGAGUGGCUCUUCACGAUUACAAAAUACCCAAUUCUGAUGUGACGAUAGACAAAGAUACUCCUGUCAUCAUUCCUAUGAUAGCUUUUCACUACGAUCCCAAGUAUUUUCCAAAUCCAGAAAAAUACGAUCCUCUCAGAUUUUCCGAGGAGGUUAAAAAGACUAGGCCAAGUUACGUGUACAUGCCCUUCGGCGAAGGACCUCACAUAUGCAUUGGUAUGCGACUAGGACUUUUACAAUCGAAGCUUGGAAUUAUCGAAAUAUUGAAAGAUUAUGAAGUUUCACCAUGCGAGAAAACAAAAAUCCCGAUGGUUCUGGAUCCCAAAGGAUUGACAACCACAGCAUUAGGAGGAUUAUACUUAAACAUUCGAAAGAUCACGAUCGCGGCUGGUUAAACUCUUACCACUUACUUGCACGAUAUAUCCAACUUUUCACUUUGUAAUUAUUGUAAUAUCCUUGACUAAUUAUUAUUUUAUUUUUCAAUAAAUUUUAAAAAAACUAACAUCA